UUGCUCUCAUCACACACUAAAAGUUUCGAUCAGCCUCGCGACGCGACGCGACGCGGCGACUACAAGCCAUACACGCGCACCGCCAACGAGCGUCGCGUCGCUCGUCGCCUCGCCGUGUCUCAAUCACUGGCGAACCAGAAACGAACACCUGAUGCAGUGACAAAAACUUAUGUCUGUGUAAACUAUCGUCUGUUAUCGCUGUUGACAUAUGGCGAGUACUUCUCACCGAACAAGGGUCGCGUCGCGCGACAAAAACACAAGCGAAAGAAAACUCCGACGUCCCGUUUCACAAACGACCACGAAAGCGACGUCAUCCAACUGAACUUGUGCCGCACGAAACGACAGCCAACAGCCAAGCAUGAAGUCCAGAAGCGGCAGUUGGCGCAGCGAACGCCUGUCGUGCGGUCGAUGUCUCCUGCAUACCUGUGCACCGAUCGUACCGGCGACAAAGCAGCAGCGAAAGUGACCGACGUCCGCGGACCAUAA